AUACAAAUUCCUAUUUAGGUUGAAUUUUCGUACGUUUACAACGAUGUUAUUUUGCAUAAAAAUUCGCAGUUUAUUCAUAGUAAAAAGUAAUUGGGAGCCCCUGCGUGCGACGAAACGUUUCGAUUGAGAGUCCCCGCCAGAAGAAAACCCCUACCACGUAGGCGUGUCGCUAGGCGCAUGCGUACGGAUGGUUGAGGUAUUGCAGGCGCACACGUCUCGACGAGCAACAGAGUGCUGUGUGUACACCCCCGCCCACGUAUUAUUAUUCGACUGGCCUGUAACCACGCUUCACGGCGAUCGCGAACGACCACGAGCCUCGUACAAGCUCGCACCGAGCGGAUGAUGAGUACAUUAUUCGCAGAGGAGGACACGCCGCGUCCCAUCGACAGAACCAAGUAAGAGGAAGGGUUUAAUGCGACACAAGGACGAGCAUGAUUCUGGCUGGGUCAGACCAUUUUCUGGCGGUACCUGUGGAAGCGACAGCAUUUCUGGGUGCCGUUGCUGGCUUCGUGGUUCUCCUGUUGGCCCUCUUUUUGUAUUUGUCCCGCAAGUGGUGCUUCACUCCACCAUCCACGACCACGCUUUUUGGCGGUGUUUGCGUGCCCCUAUGCGAAUCCAACAACAGCUCCACCUCUCAGAUUACGAAGACCAUAGGCAAGGCAUUCUCCUAUUCGGACCCUGAAACUAGUUCCGACUCCGAGGAGGACGCCCUUCGUCGAUUGAAUCCACGUCCUCACCCCCCGCCAGAUACGUUGACUAUCCAAGCAGAAGAUGGACCCACCAUCGUGGAUGCUGGUACCACCUCCAGCAGCUGCACGGAAGAACACUCUCCCACCGAUCAACAACAGGUGAACGAGGAUCUAAAUCGCGGAUACGCGAUUUCUACGUUUCGCGAUCGAAUAUCAUAUUUUCGAUCUCGUCGGCGGUGCGUAGUGGAAGUCGGUGCCUCCAGUAUCCUGCUCGACACCAGAGAACAGGAAGUGGAGGUAGAACAGAAUGGACCGACGACCAAUGACGUCAUAGCGACGAUAGGCACGGUAGCUGAGGAAGUGGGUAGCCUGGAGGUUGCUUUCUUGUAUGACGCACCCAUGCGAGAGAUGACGGUACACGUGUUGCAAGGUAGAAAUUACCCUGAGGGUAUAGGCGGCAGUCAAGUACGGCUGGUACUUCUGCCGUCGAAAAAACAACGACGUAAGACCAGGGUUCGCCAGGGCACGUCUCCACAGUACAUGGAAAGUUUCCUCCUGCCUCGCGUGAACCCUGAGGACGUGAAUGCCAUGGGAGUACGCUUGAGAGUCUACUUAUGGGGCGGAAGGAUGCGUCGAGAGAGACUACUAGGCGAGGCCAGAGUCUCCUUCGAUCAAAUCAACCUUCAACUUGAGACGACUCUUUGGUUGACGCUGCAACCUCCACCUUCGUCCUCGGUGCAAGAUUGGGGAACCACCAGUAGCUUGACUCGCAGCGAUUCCACGGGGUCUCAACAGUCCGUUCAGUCUUACGCGUCGCCCACCGUGCCCCCGUACGGUAGUAGUAUGAAGGGUGGAAGCGUGGCGGAGAUUUUGAUAGGCUUGGCGUACAAUGGAACGACGGGACGUCUGUCGGUAGAAAUAAUCAAAGGAUCCCACUUUCGUGGUGGCGGUGGGAACGACACGAAACCGCCUGAUACAUAUGUCAAGCUUGCCCUCGUGGACAGCAAUGGUCACGAAAUGGGACGGUCGAAAACUGGUUUGAAACGUGCUCAGCCCAAUCCUCUUUACAAGGAAACGUUCAUAUUCCAGGUUGCUCUGUUCCAACUCGGAGACGUAACGCUCUUCCUGUCGGUUUACAAUCGACGAAGAGGAGGGAUGGGGAGGAAAGGAAGAGAGAUGAUCGGUUGGCUCAGUCUGGGGCUGAACAGUUCCGGUUCGGAGGAGCUUCAGCAUUGGAACGACAUGCGCGCAGCAAGACAACCGACGCAGGUCCAACGAUGGCACUCGCUGCUGCGUCCUUGAGAUGCUCGACCACGAAAGAGUGCCUGUUACGGAGGAAAAUCUUUUGCAUUACCGAUAAACGGUACGGUUUGAUCGAUAGAAAAUAACACGCUGUAUGGGCAGCGCGCGUUCAUUUCGCGCGUCGUGACACGACUGAUCGUUUAAUAGCAAGCCAGAAAAAGAAAACGAUAUAAGCAGAAGGCGAAGCACUUUUUAACGAGACAAACGACGGCCGUUCGAUUGGAUGCGCUGUCUACUGCCCGAACACAAACACCUGAAGUCAAUCUAUCGGAGAACCGGAGCUGUCUUGAAUUUUAUGCACAAGGGUAAUGCCGAGUUACGAAAACUCGAUCGAUAUACCAAGUACAUUCCUUUUUGAUACGCUGGACGGAGUUGUGGGUGUUUUCAACAUACAUAUUACGUAUGUAUAUCACAUAUGCGUUGAGAAAAUGAAAAACGAACGCGUACACUCACACGCAUAUCCAGGGCGAACGACCUAAGAUUUCUACCUGGAAUAUCUCCGUUGCUUUUGAUCAUACGAAGAUAUGUCUUGGGAGAAAAAUGUUUGUUUGGGGGGUGGUCGUACUAUGUUAAACGAAACAAUUGCCUCAAGGUCAUAUGUUCCGAGAUUUCAAUGUCAUCAAUGUUUUUUAAAUGGAACCGGAGAUGUUCAAUACUGUAAUCUUGUAGCUGAUACAAAGUUAAAACAUGUAUAACAUGUUGACGUAUCAUUAAAAGCAACGAAGAUAUUCUAGGUACAAAUCUUAGGUGGCUCGCACUGUACAUGCACGUAUACACGCGUAUGUAGGUGGUUCGUCUAGCUUGAUCACUCAACGAGACCUUUCCUCUGGAGAUCAUAUUUUUCGAAGAGAAAUCAUUUUCGAUGCAACGAUAUCAGAAUAAAUCAGACAAAAUUCAAUCACGAAUCACGAUGGUGAUGACUAGACUGCGGAUGUUUAUGCAUUUAUAGCAAGCAAAAAUCUGGGAGAAUUAGAAGAUACGACAUACUCUCAUUUAAAUCUCGAUUCCUUUUCUGAAGCUGUGAAAAUAUGAAUUUUCAUAUAAACAUUCACAGUGUAGCGAUGAAGGUAGACGAACCAUCAUGUAUGUACGUUUCACGAACAUCCAUUUCAUCGGUCCCGAAUUAAUCGCGCACAAGUAAAAGGACCGCGAAACCGUAGCAUGAAACUCUUCGACUCGAUAUGUGCCUGAGCCAAUAACUAUGAUCAUUUAUUUUUUACUUUGUGCCUUUUACCCUUUUUAGGCCGCGUGUCCGUCGACGGAGAAUCGUCGUGGGAUACCCAGCCGAGUCGAGAUCCCAAUAUAAGAAAAACACGCGCGAUCCUCUAGUCGUUCUUUGGACGGACUAACCGAGCAAAAUGUAAACGUCAUUCUCUUUCUCUCGCUCUCUCGACUCCACGACACUUUGAUGUAUAUUCGAUUAGGCAACGGUUGUUCUUACGAGCCCAUACGACGAAUCUUGGUGUCUUAACGACGUGCGAGGUUCGAGAAUGGAUUGUCAUGCGAUGUACAGAACCGAUCCCUUAUCGAGGGCGAUCCUUGGACCGAUACUCCUCGGUUGGAGCAGAGAAGAGCAAAGACGCGAGGCUGUGAAAAUCUCGUGAUUUCUUUUUUCCGCACCGUAUUGUCUCUGUAUGUCGACUUUCUUUCAAGUUCACGCCGUUAAAAGAGCCUGAAGCCAGGGUUGGGCGCCAGGGCCCUUUCAGCACCAAAGAGAUUCAAGUUUCAUGGAAAUUAGUGGCGCC